GACGUUUUGUUUUGUUUUGUUUGCACCUGUUCACCUGUCCCUGAUAUGAAGUUGUGAUGUAUUUUGGACUUGCUAAUAUAAACAAAUAGUUGAGAAAGAAAAUAUUAUAAAUAUUUUUAAUUGGAAUAUCUUACCAGAAUGUUCAUUUAUAUGAGCAAGAAGAUUGCCAUACCCAAGCAAUCUAAUGUAACCUGCAUAUCAUGGAACCAUUCAUCCGGUUACAUUGCUGUUGGUGGAGAAGAUGGCAUGUUAAAAGUCCUCAAAUUGGAAUCUGGAGGUGGAGGGAAUCUGUCAAUGAAUCUGAGCUUAGAAGGACACACAGGACAAGUGUGUGUUGCUAUAUGGAAUGAAGUAUUUCAAAAAUUAACCACUAGUGAUGAACAUGGAGUUAUCAUUGUCUGGAUGCUAUAUAAGGGAUCUUGGUAUGAAGAGAUGAUAAAUAACAGAAACAAAUCAACUGUGAGCAGUAUGGCUUGGGGUUCUGAUGGACAAAAAAUAUGCAUAGCUUAUGAGGAUGGAGCUGUUAUCGUAGGCUCAGUGGAUGGUUCGCGGGUUUGGGGUAAGGACAUCAAAGGGCCAGGAUUAGCUGCAGUACAGUGGUCACCUGAUAAUUCACAGUUGCUGUUUGCUCUGACCAAUGGAGAACUGCACAUUUAUGAUGACCAAGGAAAUUUUACAAUGCCAGUAGCCAUAAAUAGCGUGUCGGGAUCUAUGGACAUAGUCACGAUGGAUUGGUAUUCCGGUAGCGCUCCAGCUAAUAGACCAGUGCUGGCCAUAUCUUACAAGAGUGGUAUAAUAUUGCUAAUGAAGAAUUGUAAUGAGGAAGAUAGCGUGGUGGUAGAAUCAAACAUGUCAAUAAUAGAUUGCCACUGGAACCAUAACGGCACCAUUCUUGCCGCUGCCGGCUUUACUUCGGACAAGACGAAUGUGGUGCAAUUCUUUAGUGCAUACGGAGAGCAUAUACGGACUCUCCGCGUGCCCGGCGGAAGUAUGAGAGCUCUGUCUUGGGAGAAGAAGUCGUUACGGCUCGCAAUCGCCAUCGACUCUUUCAUAUACUUCGCUAACGUCAAAAUGGAUCAUAAAUACGCUUUUUACGGCAAUACCCUGGCAUACGCAUCGGGAACUGAAACCGUCACCUUUUGGGAUACUGUCACACAUCAGUCUUGGAUAAAUCAUAUACCGGACGUCAUCGAUAUGUGUGCAGUUGACGAAUACUGCGUCAUUGCCACUUUGGGACAAAUUAUUAUAUCCAACCAGCAAGGAAUACAGUGUGAUGCUAAACCGGUGAAUAUGCCAGUGGUUUACGUGACUAUCAACAGCAAGGCGAUUGUUGUGGCUGCGUCGAAGGAAUCAUUCCUUAUAUGGAAGUUCUCUACACCGACCAGACCUCGUGCCACGGAACAGUUGUACCAGGCGGACGGCUCGCCCGUGUCGAGUAGCGACACCGGUUUCCAGGACGACACAAUUUGCUGCAUCGCAAGCUCAGACACACAUCUCUUGAUCGGAAGAGAUUCUGGCUCUAUAUUGCUGUUUUCACUCGUUAAUUUUAAGAAAAUCACUUCUAUAAAUAUGAAUUCCCGCCCCUAUAGGUUGGGACUCAACUCUAAUUCUAGCAAGUUUUACGUGAUUGACCAGCCUGGCUCGCUGUACUUGCUGGAGACAGACAUGGCCAACAACAUAAGUAUAGGGCAAGCGUUACGCAAGGACGUGUGGAGUGCACUAUGGGCCACUGACAACCCGCAGAUGUUGGCCGUGGCUGAGAAAGCGAGGCUCUACGUCAUGAGGGACACUGAACCAGAGGAACCUCUCACUAUGCAGGGAUACUUGUGCAAGUUUAAGGAAUUGGAAAUUACGUCAGCACUUUUGGACAAUGUGGAUGAUAAAUGCACACCUCAACACAUUGUGAAGGUGGAAGUCAAGUCUCUGAGAGAUACGCGACAGCUUAUUGAAAAAGUGGGGCUCAAGGAAGCAGAGAACUUUAUUAAAGAUAACCCACACCCCCAACUGUGGUUGUUACUAGCAGAAGCGGCCCUAAAAAAUUUCGAGUCAGAAUCUGCACUUGAGACGGCAGAAGCCGCGUUUGUGCGACGUAACGAUUAUGCUGGAAUUAAAUUUGUGUCUCGUUUGAACGCAUUACAUUCCAAUGCUCUUAAAAAAGCUGAAAUUUUAGCCUACUUCAAAGAUUUCGAUGCUGCUGAAAAAAUAUACCACAAUGAAGAUAGACGGGACUUAGCAAUCGCCCUUCGGAAACGCUUAGGACAUUGGUUCCGCGUCGUCGAACUACUGAAGAUGUCUGCAAGUACAACCGAUGCGCAAGUCAAACAGGCAUACAGCAACAUUGGAGAUUAUUAUAUUGAUAGGCAGAAUUGGUCUAGUGCACUGGAGUAUUACACCAUGUCAAACAAUACUGAAGGUCUGAAGAAAUGUUAUAUGGCACUUGAGGAUAACGAGUCUCUGUCUAAAUUAUUUACCACGUCACCGAGAAAGGAAGUGGGCUUGACAAAGCAAAGUUUGUUGAACGAGUUAAAUGACAGUAUGGGUCAAGAGCCAUCAAUACAGGGCAUUAUCCAACUCAAGCAAAGCGGCAGGAUGACGCAAGCUGCGGAAAUGGCGUUUCAGUUAGCUAAUUUGGAGGCUUCGAAGAAGGCAUCACCUUUGAAGAUUAAGAAGCUUUAUGUUCUAGCUGGUUAUUUGUACAGCCAAAGCUCAGUCGACGGUAGUCGCGGUCGUGAGGCGGCGCGGUGCUGGCGCGGGGCGCGCGCGGCGCACUGGGCGGCGGCGUUCGACAUGUAAGCGCGGCCCGUCCGCCCCGAGCCGGCCGCGCGCGCCGCCGCGCGACUCAUGCAGCAUCACACGGCGCUGCAUCCCGCCAUGCACACACAGGUCUGGUGUACGAUAGCAUCAAUAGCGAUUCAAACCCGAGCAUUUGAGCUAUGUUCGAAGGCUUUAAUUAAACUAGAAGCUCAAGAUCCUGAAACUUUUGAAAAUUUGGCUAUAGAAAUAUUUACAAGAUACAAGCCCAAAAACACAAAAGGAAACAAAAUUGAAUGUCCGAAUUGCGAUUGCAGCAUGCCUGAAUGGUCGGCGUCGUGUCCGCGCUGCAGCAGCGAGUUCCCCGAGUGCGCGGUGUCGGGGCGCGGGCUGGGCGCCGGCCAGGCCGUGUGGACCUGCGCCAUCUGCGCCGCGCAUGCGCAGCACCACGAGCUAGUGCUGCGACAUUCCUGCCCCAUGUGCCAUGCCCAACUCACGUAGACCACUCAUACUUGGAAUCCAUUUUUGGCCAUAAUAAGAGUACAAAUCUCUACUCUACAGUACUGUGCUAAUAUUGUUUGUUUUGUAGUACCUACCAGCAUAAGUUUUACAAGAUAUGAGUUUUAUUUUGUUGCUCCAACUCAUCAUCAUAAUGACCGAACAAUCUCUCAAGCCUAUCAGCCUAUCUAACUAGGAACUACUAGCAUAUUCUUUUCUCGCCCGUUAUUGGUCGAGAUUAUUCUCACAACCAAUGGACCUGGCAGACCGUGGUCGAGGUCACUCGACCUUUCGAAUUGGAAGUUACAGAAUAAUCUAGCUGAUGUCGAACACUGUCAGUCCUUAAAUCAAUAGUUUUAUUGAAUAUGAAUUAAACUUUAAAGGCGAGGUAGUUCGGUGACUAUACACUUUGAGAUUUCGAAAUCAGGCACGCUUAUGAGUCGCAAUCUACACUAGUUCGGCAAGUACUGAUAUGAUAUGCUUUAUAGAAUAAACUUAAAAUAGAUAAGGAUCCCUAUGAACUACUCACUGGUAAAACGUGUUUAUUGUUAAGUUUUUUUAGACACUUUGUAACUUAAGUACCUACUGAAAUAAUUGUAUAAUUAUUUUGUAAAUUAAAUGCUGUUUUUAAUAGUUACUUAUUUUUUUCUGUGAUUUUAUGGCUUACGCCCGAAUACAGAAAAACUACUCAAUUUUAAGUCGCGUAUCUGUCACUAAAAAUUCUUUAAAAAUGAUAGAGAUGGCACAAUAUUUAAGUACAACCUAAAAUUGAGUAGCCGCUCAGUCGCUUGGCGUUACUCACGUAACUGUUUACCGAGACAACUGGACUAGUUACAAGCCACAUUAUUAAGUGUAAAUCUAUAUAAAGGGUGGAAUUUUAUAAUGCCACCUGAAUGGGAAAUAUUCAUAAUACUUUAAACUUAAAUUUUACUCAAAGAGAACUGUUCUUCAUUUUUUAAAAGAAACAUAACUACAUUCAAAGAUGUGUAGGGUGCAAGUUUUACACAUUUUAGUCGGUUCGAUUAGUGUGCGGCAAACUAAUUAAAAAAAAA